CCAUUCGUUUAGCCAUCGUUCAGAGUUACAAUGGCACUGAAAAAAGUGAUUUACGAAGGGUCCUCGUACUUAUGAAAAAGGAGAGCCAUAGGAAAAGAAAUAGAAACAGAUCUUUAUAGUAGCUAUAAAUGCCUUUGAAUUUUAUCCACUCUGAAGUUAAACCAUCAUUGCUUUCUUUCCGUAAUCAUUGUCAACCUCACAAAUCACGUCCAGCCUUCCUUUGCAUUUUCCCUGCGGUCUUGACACUGUUGUGGAAUCAUAGAUAGUGCUUGUCUACCGCGAUUCCUUAGUCUUGAGCCAAGAUCACCCUGUGCCUUGUCUCUGUGACCGAGUCUGACCACAGAUGGUGCCCAGAAGUUAAAACGGCAGGUGAGUCAAAGCUGGAAACCUCACUUCAGCUCCUAAGAAGCCACACCUGUGUUUGGUUACUACGGAUACACCUGGGUUGACACAAAACCAGAUUCUCUGCCUCGGUGUAGGCUUUCCUGAUCUUCCGCCCACAGAGGAUCAAUCUGGGGAGUGACUAACCCCCACUGCAGGCUCCCUCCACAAUGCCAAUUCUGAAAAGCUCUGUGCCCCUUUUUCUGCUGUUUCUCAAUCCCCUGCAGUGCCCCAUGCUGGGUCUAAGGAACUGGCCUGCCGCCUCCAGCCUUCCUGAAAAAUGUGGGGCUCACCAAUUCUUCAACCUUGAGACCGGCCACUGCAGCUCCUGCGCCCCAGAGCUGAUCCCAAGUCCUGAGGGUUUGGGUUGUGUUUGCAAGCCUGGAUCAAAAGAGUCAAGUGGAGAACCCCAUCGUCUUCCAUGCCCUGAUUGCAGCAACGUUCCCCCUGGCACUCUCUGGGAAUCUGAGUUUCUUGACGGGAGCUUCCUAGCAUGUAAGAACACCUGCAAUGCAACAGCUUGUCAAAUGCUCACCAACAUGGUCAUCCUCAAAGCUUUCUCUUUGCAAACCAGGCCUUAUGAUCUUUACACCAAGGUCAAGAGCCAAGACCUCCCAAAGGUUUGGUAUGGGAGCAACACUGGACCUUUUCCUUCUGUGGCUUUUGGGAAGCAUUUGAAGAUUGACUUCAAGCUCAUUCAGUACGAUGUCUGGGGAAAAUUCCUGGGUUGGCAGGAUGUAAAGGGAGCAACAUUGCAGCUCUGUCCGAACAGCCAGAAGGUCCUGGAUGCAGCUUUCCUCUUGGGGACCUCAUACAGUCAGUCUUGCACCCUUGAAGUCUCUGCUCUGCUGCAAAGGACUCCAGAACCCAUCUUCUAUGAGAUGUUUUUGCAGUUUGAAGAUGAGAAGGGGAACACCCAGCUAUGGCCCAUUCCUAUAAGCAAUCCCACAAUGGUAACAAACAAUCAAGCACCAUUGCUGACUCAAGCGCUCCGGAGAUUCUUUCUGGUCGAUGGGCUAUCAAGCAGAAAAGGGAAUUUGUCAAAUGCGCCAGAGUCUGUUACCCUGGCAAAGGAUUUGAUUCUCAGUGUCCACCUUCCAACCACUGUUCCUGGGGAAGACCCACCUUUCUUCUUGACAGUCAGAUAUGCCACAUACCCCCUUGCGGGAGCUGCCCGGGUGUCAUUUUCAGUCUCCUACAUUCAGAGACCUGGAUCAGCUCAGCUAGCAACGGAUAUUGCCUUUGGGGUCCUGGGGUUCCUUGCUGUCCUCUAUGCUUUGUUGGAAACCAGCAGCUGGGCCCGGCGAUCUCGCCUGCAAAAUAUCGGUUUCACGACCAUAUUGAAAUUCUUUGCUUGCUUGGUUGGCUCUCUGGCAAACGUCUUUUUCAUGGUCACCUUGGGAAUUGGCAUUUACUGGCUGAUCGCUUUCAAGGGUCAGCAGUUUUCUACUGUGGAAAUUACACUCCCAGCUGCUGGUAGCCAAGCAGAAACCAACUUUAUAAUCUAUGCGUUGUGUGCUCUGAUUUUGAAGAGCCUGGAUCUCCUACAUCUGCUGAUCACCCAGCUAACGGUCUCCAUUUUCCUGAUCGACUGGGAAAAGCCAAAGGAAAAACCAACAAUGAAAGGAGGUCCAGCCUCGUCAGUAAGUGCCUGGAGGACUUUUCUGAUCGCUAAUGAGUGGAAUGAAAUCCAGACACACAGGAAGGUGCAUCCUUCGCUUCAGCUGUUUGCAGUUUUGUUGGUUUUGGAGGUGGUGGGGCUAAAAAACCUCGCAUCAAGAGACCUGAAUGUCAGUCUGCAGCCUGAGCCAAAUACUUACCAAGCUCCCUGGAGCCCAAUUCUUCGUUUUGGGAUUGCCGCUUCUGUUUGGCUGGUGGUGGCCAUUGUGCAGAUGUUGGUGUCCGUUGGGUUAUAUCAACGUUUUGUGGAGGACAAGAUUCAUCAGUUCAUUGACCUUUGUUCCUUGAGCAAUGUAUCUGUGUUCAUCUUGACACACAGGUGUUACGGAUUCUACAUCCAUGGGAGAAGCGUCCACGGACAUGCUGAUGUGAGCUUGGACACAAUGCUCUCUUAUCUCAGGAAAGAGGAGAAAUGCCGCACAAGCAUCCUUAAGAAUGAUUCAGCUAUCCUUCACGGCAGAGAGACUCGUGGUCCAUCUCAUAAGGCCCGUUUCCUUCAAUGCCACCCUCCAGAGAUGAGGGGGCAGGAAUUCCACACAGUUGAUCUUAGCCAAAAGGCCGAGAAAUUCCCAGUGAACAUUGUUUGAGUGCACAAAAUCUGUCUUGAAACAUAAAACAUUUUUCUCCUUGGCUAUCUGCAAGGGGAAGCUGUAGAUGCCACUAAUGAAACAUGAAUUGCAAUAUUGUGACAUCACCUGCCUUUUGUUAUGCCCAUGGUGUUAUGCCUGGAUGUAAGACGCAAACAUUAUGAUGCAAUGACACACAUUUUCUCGUGCUGGUGAACUCAUAAUCCUUUUAUCUCUGUAGGCCAGCGAGUCUUUCAAACUUAGCUUAGAAGCAAACCCCAUACCAUAUGGACUAGAAGCUGCUUCUUUGUAAUACUUCAUAUUAAACAAAAUUGUUGCAAAAGCAGUUCUGACGCACUUCUGGGGAGAGUAGUGCUAAUUAGCAAUCCCUUAUUCAUGUUUAGGUGAGGGAGCAGCUAGUCUGAAACAAUAAGCUUCCACCUAAAGGCGUAGUAGCUCUGAAAUACCUCCAUUCACCCUCAUUCAGUGGUAGGGACUGCUGAAAGUUAGCUAUAAAAAGAUCUUGAGAUCACUGAGAAAAAUGAUAAAAAGUGCCAAAAAUCUUGGGCAUGUUUUUUGUCAAGGGUGAUCAGAGAGAAAAUUCCCAACUGAACAAAGAAGCAUUUAACCUUGGAUUUAUUGUGGCAAAGAGUUUGUGGCCUAAGAGGACCUCUUGAAGCUUGGGUAGCCGACCAGGGGAACAAAUGCUCCUAUAAAUCUAUCUAGCUCGUUGGGUGUCACGAAACCAUAUUAUUUUUUUUAUUUCUUAGAAGUGAACCCUGGUUGAACUUUCUGAGUUUAGCUCCUUCAAGGAACAGUGGCUGAGUGUAGCCAUCCUAUUUUCUCACUUUCUACUUCAAACUCUAAUUGAAAACUCCCUCUGCGGCUGGAGAUGAGUUCUCAAGCACAGGCGGGUGAAAAUUGAACUGACAUUUCUCCUGCCGAAGGGAAGAAUCAAGUAAAAUAAAUCCAUUUCCCCCCCUCCUUUUCACCGGUGCCUACCAGGAGGCAGGUUUGAACUUUUAAAGUCCAUGAAUGUUCUCC